GAGCUGCCCCUGGAGUCCGGACCAACCCGUCCAGAGCCGCUUCUCCCCGCCGGGCCGCCUCGCCUGGGACUGGGCCAGCACCGAACCCCGGGCGCUUCGCACCAGCCCGCUCCGGGCUCCGGGCAGCGCCCCCCGGGCGCCCCGUCCAGCAUGAGCCGCCAGGGCAUGGCCGCCCACACCCAGACCCGCAUCCGCACCGACCGGUUCGCCGACAGCUACACCCUGCUGGGCAGGGAGCUGGGCAGGGGCAAGUUUGCGGUGGUGAAGAAGUGCCUGGAGAAGGCCACGGGCCGGGAGUUCGCAGCCAAGUUCCUGCGGAAGCGGCGCAAGGGCGAGGACUGCCGGCUCGACAUCAUCAACGAGAUCGCCGUGCUGGAGCUGGCCGCCCGCAGCCCCCACGUGGUGGAUCUGCACGAGGUCUACGAGACUCCUGCCGAGAUCGUGCUGGUGCUGGAGUGCGCAGCUGGCGGGGAGAUCUUCCAGCAGUGCGUAGCAGAGCAGGAUGAGGCCUUCACGGAGCAGGACGUGAUCCGGCUGGUGCGGCAGAUCCUGCGCGGCGUCGCCUUCCUGCACCAGCACAACGUCGUCCACCUGGACCUGAAGCCCCAGAACAUCCUCCUGACCAGCAGCAGCCCCCUGGGCGACAUCCGCAUCGUGGACUUCGGGCUAUCGCGUCGGGUGGACGCCGUGCGGGAGGUGCGCGAGAUUCUGGGCACGCCGGAGUAUGUGGCUCCCGAGGUCCUGAGCUAUGAGCCCAUCAGCACGGCCACUGACAUGUGGAGCAUCGGGGUGCUGACCUACGUCAUGCUGACGGGUGAGUCGCCCUUCCUGGGUGACACCAAGCAGGAGACCUUCCUGAACAUCUCACAGGUGAACGUGCAGUUCCCGCCUGACGUCUUCCAGGGCAUCUCGGACCAGGCCAUCGACUUCAUCCGCUCCCUGCUUGUCAAGAACCCCAGGAAGCGAGCCAAGGCUGAGCAGUGCCUGCAGCACCCCUGGCUGGACCCGGCCCCGGCCCCAGCGGUGGAGCUGGCGGCCCCAGCGCAGGCUGAUCUGGAGCAGGCCCCGGUGAGCGAGGGCAGCAGUGGCCCUGAGGAGGACGAAGAGCUGGUGCUGGUGGCCUCCUACAUGAUGCCCUGCCCCUGCCGCCAGCUGAGGGGCCUGGAGGUGCGGGAGACGGAGCUGGCUGGGGUGCGGAAGCCGUUCCCAGCCCUGCAGGAGAUCGCCCAGGAGCUGGUGUUCUGAGCCGGCCGCCCGCAACCCCUUUGCCUGCUGCCUUGGAGAGCAGCGCGCCGGACUUGCCCCAGGCCUGCCGGGCACAUUUCCAAGCCUGUCCCGGAGUCGGGGCCCCUCGAUGCGAGAGGGACGGGCCCCCGGAGUGGGGGGCUCCCAGGGAGCAGGAGCAGCUUUGCCUCGGUCCUGGGGGAGCCAGUCGGGCACCCGGCUGCUCAGCCCUGCAGCCACGACUCCUGUGUACAUAGCACUGCAGGGGAGGACAGAGCCUGUCAGACGGGAUAGGGUGGGUCACUGUGGGGGAGGGGAGCCCCCCAGUGUCAGUGAUGGGGGACGGGAGCACCCGUUACCAGCGGGAGCUUGUUGGGGUAUCAUUGCCCCGCACAGCUGGACCAGGCAGUGGCUGCAGGAAGAGACUGAACCCCUGUGGCCUCUACAGGAGACAAACACCAUGGAAAAGCCCUGAGGGUCACCCCCGAGCCCCACAUUCAAACUGCAACCCGAAAUUUACAGCAGCUUCCCCCAGAGCAGCUGCCAGCGGGAGCACAGGGCCCAGCGGGGCAGAGGCUGCUCAGCUCGGAACCCGGGAAACUCCAUUUGGGAGCUGGCCCUGCCAGCGGGCACUGCGGCACAGGGAUGCCCCGCUCCAUCCUGUUGUGGGGCAUGGAAGGGCCCCAGUGCCUGGCCCGGCCCCAUGCGGGCAGUUGACCCACGCUUUGCCUCUGGUUUCUGAAUUAGCAAAUUAGUUACUGACUAUUUGGGCCGGGGUGAGGUGGAGGGCUGGCUACACUAACGAGCUGUGCUGGCCAUGGGGCGAGGCCUGGGGAGGGCAAGGGGCAGAUGGCACCAGGAGCUGCCAGUGCCACCAGAUUUCUCUGAUGGUCCAGGUGCCAAUUGCAGGGUAAAGUGGAGCCGCCCCCGUUCUGCUGUGUUCACACCUUGGCAUCAGGCCGCCAGGCAGGGACUCGAGGGGGAGCCCCAAACCAGGCACUCCUGCAGCGGGUGCCUGGCCCAGCAGAUGGCACCAUUGGGCUCCCCCCAAGUGAAGCCCAUGGGGCAGCAGCCGCGUCUGGCACUGGGCUUUGCGGCCGCCCCAGGAGGGACCGUGCCGCCGGCUGCCACGUCUUUGCCUGGUUUUUUUGAACUAAAGGAUUAAAGUUUAUAUCUAUAAAAAUGUUGGCUCCUCCCCAGGGGGUUCCCAGAGGCCUCGUGCCCCACUUGGGCUCCACUCUCACCCAGACAGGCCCAGGGCCUAGCUCUCCUGCCCAGGGGCUGUGUUGCAGCCAGCAAUGGCUAAGGCAGGCUGCCCAGGGGACACCUCUCCCCGCCAGACAGGAGCCUGGGCUCCACGCAAGCAGCUUGGGCAGGGCAGGGGUGCAGGGGUUGUGGCUGGGAGGAGCGGGUGUCCCAGGCCCCAGUGACCUGCUGCCUGGGGCCUCACACUUGCCGGCUUUGAAGUGAGCAGGUCACAGGGGCUCCCCGGCCCCUAAGGGCUGAGGCCCCAUCGGGGCUGCAGUUCCAGCCAGGCAAAGUUGCGGUGCGUAAGGUAGGUGCUGUGUCCCCAGUGUGACGAGCUCCCUGGAGAGAUGGCAAGUGACUUUUAGCCCCCAUUGCCCGCAUGGGGGGGCUGAGCCCCACAGCUCCUAGCCUGGCAUGCCAAGCACCCAGCUCCCUGCCAGGGGCAUGACAGCCCAGCGCCCUGACUGCCUCGCAAUCACUCCUGGCCAGUCUGGUGCUGCCAGGCACAGGGGAGCUCAGCAGGGUUUGCUGCUCUGCCAGGCAGGCACCAGUUCACCCUCUUCCCCCGGGAUGCGCCCAGGAAAUGCUGGGUGUCCCUCAGGACAUGCACAUGGCAGCACAUGGGGUGCCCCCAUCUCAGCUUGCACAGCUGGCACUGGUGGGACAUGGCCUGACUCAUGCCCAGCUCUGCUUGUGGCUGCAGGAGCUGGGACCUAGGGCAGAAGGAGCAAACCCAGGUGCUCACCUCCCCGUCCUCCCUGGGGCUGGCUCUUGCCUCCAGCUCCUGGGAACAGGUGGUGGCUGAGCCCCCUCCCCCCAGCUCGGUGGCUCUGCUCCCACAUAAGCUGCCGUGAGAAGCCCUGCCCAGCCCAGGUAGGCAAGUCUGCUAGCACCGAGUGUCUGCUGGGCAGCCCGUCUCCAUGCCAGGUACAGGCACCCAGCGCCCACAACACCCCGCCCCAUGGGGCCCAGCCAUGUGGCCACGAGCUAGUUGGAUGCCUGCCCGCUCUGCCAGGAAGGCCGAUGCUCAGAGGGCAGGCAGCCUGAGGCCCUCCAGCCCCUCGAGAUUUAAAAAUCCAAGUGUGUGAGGACGCCCCUGCUCCAGGGAGCCAGCCCCCAGGAGUUCCCAGCGGGUCUUCAGUGUCCUGUCUCCUCUCCGCACCCCCAUGCCCAGCCACGCCCUCCAGGCUUUGCCCAGCGCUGUCUGCCCUGGGCCUGAGUCCCAGCUGCCCAGCUCUUCCUGGGGCCGUUUUCACCCCAUCCCUGCCCUGCAGCCUUGGUGCUCCCACUGGGAUCUGUCCCCCGUGUAAGCCCCUCAGGGCAGCUGCCCCUGCCUCUCCCACGGGGAGCUGGACCCCUGGGGGUGGGGCAGCUGUGCGCCCCAGGCCCCUUUGCCCAGCCCAGGCCCAGCCCCAGCCUGCUGUUAAGAGGCUGCACCACUCCUGUCACCUAGCGAGUGCUCAGCGGUGCAUGGCCCUGAUCCCUGCGUGCCAGGCCAACAGCCCCUCGCACUCGUGCCUGGCCUAGCUCCAUCCUGCUGCCAAGGCAGCCGCGGCCCCCGCCGAGGUGAGGGGCUGCAGCCAGGGAUCCCAGGGUGCUGGUGGGGCGUUAGCACUGCCGGUCGGUCGGUGCAGGCAGCCGGGCCUGGCGUCUGCGCCCGGAGCAGUGCUGGGCAGCAGAGGGCAGUGCAGCUCCAGGCUGGGGUGGGGCGCAGGCAGCUCCCCCCUCCUCUGCCCUGGGCAUGUUCAUGGGAACCUGCAGGGCCAGCAUCACUCCAAGGGCAGAGCCGGUGCACAGGAGCCCAGCCUCACAACCCUCACUCCCCUGGCACCCAGCCCGCCCCGCCCCCAGGGCAGGGGAAUCACGGGCCCCAGGCAGGAGCUGGCACCGAGCUCUCUGGGCAGCCACUCUUCCAGGGAGGAUGCCAGGGCUGUGGCCAUGCCUUGGCCCAGAGGAAAGGCCAGGCUCCCUGCUGUCUCCCUGCACAGAGGUCAGGGCUGGAGCCCGGGGCCCUGCUCAGGGUUGUAGGUGCAUGGGCAGCCGGGUGCCAUGGGGUGGGCCAGGUAAGCUUACCUAGGGGGCAUGCCUGGGGGACAGUGAGCAAAGCCCCAAACCUGGGCCUGUAGUUACAGCCUUUGUGGCUCUGAGCCACACACCUGCCUCCACCUCCCCCCCAGCUCAGGCCCUUUCUCUCCCCAGAGCCCAGGCUGCAAGGUGGGGUCCUGGCCCUGUCACUGGUUAUCCCCAUGGGCUCGAAGGCACUGCACCAGGUUGCCCCAGGUCUUGUCCCUCCCCCUCGCAGUGUGCCACCCCCCCAGCUGUGCCCAGCCUGCCAAGGGCAAGGAAAGGUGGAUUGAUCUGCCAGCCUCAGGGGCCUCCCUUCAUCUCUGCCUUUAGCAGCUCUUCGAAAUGGGCCCCUGGGCGCAGCUGGGGAAUAGGGGUGGGAAAUGGGAGGGCAGCGGUUGAGAUGCAGGAACCCUCCCUGCAGCCCGGUUAAGGGCUCCUGGGGCCUGUGGUACUGAGGCCAGGGUGAGGAGUGCACUCCCCUCCCCAGCAUUAGUGGGGGCAGGGGUGAAGGGAGGGUGUUGCCCAUUGGGAGGAGUAGGGAGCAGGGCUGGAGAAGAUGCCAGUGCCCGGGGGUGAGUACAGGGGCGGCUCUAGCUAUUUUGCUGCCCCAA